CACUGAAGAGGAUUAUACUUAAAUAUUCGUUAUAAUUGAACCGUGGUUCAAUACCUUUGUAUUUCUUAGGCCGACGAUUUCACAUGUCAAGUUUGCUCGAUCAAACACAAAAUAAUACCUUCACAGAAUCGGGUUACAUUCAAAUAUUCUCUAAAAUCGAACUUUGGGUUCAUAUAAAGCUUGAAAUUUCUUAGGCUGAUGAUUUGACAUGUUAAAUUUGGUUAUUUUUUCUACUUGCGUGGCGAUAGUUGUCUGCAACUUCGCGGUCCACGAGACGCCCCAAUUUCCGUCCAGCUAUCAGGUGAAAGGAUAUGUUGAGCUUCCAUAUGCGGAGUUGAAAGAGGACUUCCAGUUCUGGGUUUUGUCCAAUGACACUUUCCAGGGCUCCAGGCUGGAAUGGUACAAUGGACUUGACAUAGUCAUCGACCAGCCCCAGAGCGGGUCCUUCGGAACAACCUACCAGGUGUCAUACACAACCCUGACUAAGAAUGGAAACACGGUGCGCAGCUGUUUCGAAGUCUACGGCAGCAACCACUACCCGGUCAAAGCGAACUCAGUGCUGCCUGACCUGGAAGGGUUCACCUAUGGGGGUACUGUGGUCAAAGAUGGCCUCCAGGUGGACAUGAUGUUCAUGAAGGAGCAGAAGGGUGGCAAAGAGAACUCGUACAAGUUCUACUACACCAUGGACCAGAACAAAGUGGCUGUACCUGUGUCGUACGAGUUCCUCGGAUACGACAAGCUUCUCGGAUCCCACUACGACAAAUAUGAGAUCGUCUACAGUGUCUACACCUCCGAGGAAAUCUCAGUGGCUGUGUUCGACAUCGGAACUAUCGUUGAUGAGUCCACCUGUGGAGACUUCCCUGGACCCGGCGCGUCCUCGGUCGAGCACCAGAUAAUGCUCAACCCGAUGCACGACUUACUGCGAACCAGCCGAUAUGAAGACGCCCACGCUCAAUUUGCAUCCGCCUUUGGCAAACAGUACGAUAACGAGUUUGAGAAACGAAGAGCAGGGAUUAAUUACAUGAAGAACUUGAGACUGAUUCACUCUAGGAACAGACAGGGGAAGAAGUACAAGUUGGCGGUCAACUUCAUGGCCGAUAUGGACCAGGAUGACAGGAAGGUCUACUUGGGUCUGCGGAAGAAGAACGACAGAAGAAAACCAACGGGACUGAAGGUGGGCCCCAAAGAUUUCACUAAACAGCAGAUGGACUCUGUCCCAGAAUACCUUGACUGGAGACUAGCGGGAGCAGUGACCCAAGUCAAAGACCAGGCUUUCUGUGGCUCGUGCUGGAGCUUCGGCACCACUGGAACUCUGGAGGGCGCUUACUUCCUCAAGUACGGACACCUGGUGCGACUGUCUCAGCAGAACCUUAUGGACUGCAGCUGGGAGCAGGGCAACAACGGCUGCGACGGAGGAGAGGACUGGAGGUCAUACGAGUAUAUACAAAGCCAGAUGGGAGGCUUGAUGACCGAGGAUGACUAUGGACAAUAUCUUGGACAGAAUGGAAAAUGUCACUUCAACUCAUCCGAGAACAUCAUCAACAUCGACAGUUAUGCUUUUGUCACUGGUAAACAGGAAAAAACUGUCAAAACGGCCUUGAAUAUCCACGGACCACUCUCAGUAGGUAUCGAUGCCUCCCUCGACUCCUUCUCCUUCUACAGCCACGGAAUCUACGAUGACCCAGAGUGCAAGAACGCACUGGACGAUCUGGACCACUCAGUAUUGCUGGUCGGAUAUGGAAACCUGGGUGACACGUCCUACUGGCUCGUGAAGAACUCCUGGUCUACCUACUGGGGCAACCUGGGUUACGUAACAUUCGCGACGGAGGGCAAUGUCUGUGGCGUUAUGACUCAGCCGAGUUACGUAACUCUGGCGAACAGCGCGAAGAAAUUCCAAGGAGAAAAAGAGGUCUAAAAGAACUUUAAAGUCGGGCACAUAUAAUCGAUAAAGUGUGUAAAUGGAUAAGGGUUGUUUAUUUUCACUGGAACUUGUUGUCGAAAGUGAAAACAGAAAUCAUAUAUAAUUUAGCAAAAACAUUAUUUCAAUACA